ACAUGUUAGAUUGGAAAAAUGGGCUGUUUCUCCUAACCUAGUUAUUAGUAGCAUGGCAUGUAUGAUGAAGAGAAAGUUUGAUAAGUAUUGGGAAGAAAUUCAUGGCAUUAUGGGUGUUGCUGCAAUUCUUGAUCCUAGGUAUAAGCUUGAUGGGCUUGAAUAUAAGUUUUCUAGGAUAUGUGAAGAUCCUAAUGAAUGCACAAGGAAAGUUGAGAGAAUCAAACAGGCAUGUUAUGAGUUACUUCAUGAAUAUCAAAAGAAUACAUCUAAUUCAAGCAAUAUGUCAAUGGAAUCUACACAAGAGCUUAGGGUUAAUACAGAUGAUGAUGAUGAUGUUGGUUAUCAAUUGUAUAUUAGACAAAAGAAGAAGAAAAAAUGUUCAUUUGUGAAGACAGAAUUUGAUCACUAUGUAGAGGAAGAUGUUCAUCCUUUAACUCCUGAUUUUGAUAUAUUAGCUUGGUGGAAGGUAAAUGGAGUUAGGUUUCCAACUCUUCAGAAAAUUGCAAGAGACAUAUUUGCCAUUCCUGUGUCUACUGUUGCUUCUGAGUCUUCUUUUAGCACAAGUGGCCGUAUAAUUGCUACUCAUCGUGGUAGUCUUCAUGAAGAUACGGUAGAAGCUCUUAUGUGCAAUCAAAAUUGGUUGUGGGCAGAAUAUUAUAAAAGAGGUGGAAAACCUGAUUAUCAAACUGCUAAUGAAGAUGAUGAUGCAUUUUAUGAACUGACGGAAGAAUAAUGUUGCAAGAACUUGGAAUUAAAAGAAAUGUUUGAAGACAUUUAUCU